GUGUGUGUGAGUAUAUACAGGCCUCCGGGACAACUGUGCGCGCUCCCCGCGGACUUCUCAGUGCCUGUAUAUAUAUGUACACAUUACAUUACAUAUCAAAGUAUAUAUAUAGAUUCUUUGAGCAACCACUUGUGAGCGUAGAAUCUUCUGGUGCUCUUUCGUGUGUGCGCCGUUUUUUUUUUUUUUUAAUACAAUCGUAUCUCUUGUACCGUACUUAUACCAUUACGUGCAGCUCGUUGUAUAGGCUUUCUAGUGAUUAGUAUAAUACCGCGCCUGGCAUCAUGCUACAACGGCUCGACGCCGCUGCCGCCGCCACAGUUGAUGAUAAGUAGCAGCCCUAGCUAUAGCAUCGUGUCGUGUGCAGCUCAACAUCGCCUGCACAUAGGCAUAGAUCGUACAGUAGGUAGUAUAUACCUGCAGAGAAUGUGUUAUAAUACUUGUGAUCUCAGCAGCAGUAGCAGCGGUGCAGCAGCAAUGUGUCAGAAGUGUCGGUGCUCCCGAGCGUCUACGUGACGACGACGACGAUGCUCCUCUUGCCGUCGAACGAGAAUAAUAAUAAUAAUAAUAAUAAUAGUAAACCUUGUGCCGGAUAAGAGCUAACUGCCACCCGCCGUCGGCGCGCGAUGAUAGUGCGCUGAGAGCUGUGCGAUAUACACAUUUUUUUGAUUAGUGAUUACAAAAGAAAUUUAACUUCCUUUUGUAUUUGUAUGAGUGCUAUAUAGAUAUCGGUGUUGGUGACACUUCGAGUGUGUCUCUGUGCCGUGUGCUGUGCGUAUACGUGUGCGUGUGUUUGUGUCCAAGUGUCAUCUUACACGCCCGGGCUCGUCGUCGUCGUCGUCGUCGUCGUACGCCGUCGUGCUGUAGGCCUGUCGACAUCGCCUUGACUCAUCUCUUCGUUAUUUUGCAUCGCCUCGUUACUAUAGAGAGCCUCGCGGCACUCUGUGUAAUACCAACACACGUACAUAUACGCUACUUACUCACACACACGCGCGCGUACCCAACGAUUAUUGCAAGACUGUGAUAGUGCCUCCUCGACGAGCUAGUUUUUUAGCUACCGCUGCCGCUGUUGCUCCGUUCCUGGGCGUGUGCCGUGCUGUGCCGUGUGUGUGUUCGUGUGUGCAUUCAUGCCCUUAUCUAGGGCCAUCCGAAUCCGGACGGAUCGCGAAGAGGCAGCAGCAGCAUGUUGAGAUUCCUGUCGAGGCGAAGUCGGCCUCGCGGCGCCGCCGGCCCGACCGCGACGUCGACCCAGAUCAAGAAUCAACGAUUGCCCAGCAACAAGAAUGUCGUUCAGUGUCGUGUCAUACUUCUCGACGGGGCCGACUUGCCUAUUGAAUUAUCGAAAAAAGCACUUGCCAGCGACUUGUACGAGCAAGUAUUUUACAGCUUGGACCUCAUUGAAAAGGACUAUUUUGGUUUGCAAUUCACCGAUAGCAACAAUGUACAGCAUUGGUUGGAUCCCACCAAGCCUAUCAAGAAGCAAGUCAAAAUUGGUCCGCCUUAUACUCUAAGACUGAAGGUCAAGUUUUAUUCAUCCGAGCCAAACCAUUUGAGGGAAGAAUUGACUCGAUAUCAAUUUUUCCUGCAAUUAAAGCAAGAUGUUUUGGAAGGAAAACUUCCCUGUGAUCACCAAGCUACGGUUCAAUUGGCCGCCUUAACUUUACAAUCUGAACUAGGAGAUUAUGAUCCCGCUGUUCAUACAGCAGCAACUGUGUCAGAAUUUCGUUUUGUGCCUAAUCAAACAGAACAAUUGGAGCUUGAAAUAUUAGAAGAGUACAAGAAAUAUUCAGGACUUAGUCCAGCUCAAGCAGAAUCUACUUAUUUAAGCAAAGCUAAAUGGCUUGACAUGUAUGGUGUUGAUAUGCAUACUGUCAUGGGCAAAGAUCAUAGUGAAUAUUCAUUGGGGUUGACUCCAACAGGUAUUUUAGUUUUUGAAGGAAACACAAAAAUUGGUUUAUUCUUAUGGCCUAGAAUUGGACGGCUAGAUUUUAAAAAGAAAAAACUAACUCUAGUCGUGGUUGAACAAGAUGAUGAUGGUAUACGCGAACAGGAACACACUUUUGUAUUCCGAUUGGCGAAUGAGAAAGCCUGUAAACAUUUAUGGAAAUGUGCUGUUGAACAUCAUACCUUUUUCCGACUCCAGUCUCCAGUGAAAGGGGCUAGUGGUCGUCAAAAUUUAUUCCGUAUGGGUUCUCGAUUCCGUUACAGUGGUAAAACUGAAUUUCAGACUACAUUACUUAAUCGAGCUCGACGUACAGUACAGUUUGAAAGAAGGCCUAGUCAACGAUAUGCUCGUAGACAGAGUCAUGUUUUACGAGAUAGACAGCGUCAAUUUCAAGAUCCAACUCCCCAAGCAUCUUCAGAUGAACCUAUGGAGAGACAGCCCAGUAAAUGCAGCACAAAGUCUUCAUCUUCCGCAAGCAGUAUCCAAGAAGCAACAGCUCCAUUGGUAGACACACUUAUUAAAUCUCUUUCAAAAGAGCAGCAACCUCCAGAACCAAGAAACACAACUUUAUCAAGCACUUCAAAAGAAACUGAACCAGUCAAAACAAGUUUGACAAUAGAAAAUUGUAGUACAUCAGUUGCUACUCUAAUACCCAAUAAUCAAGUGGUUGGGGCUUCAGCUCUUCCUCUUCGUACCCCAAUACCACCAGAGUCUCUCAAAUGCAAUAUCUUGAAAGCCAAAGUUCUUGAACAAACUGGUAAAAAUUCGAAUCUUGUUUCUAUAUCUACGAUAGAUAAUUUACCUAUUGUCAACAUCGAUAAAGCUCAAAUAGGUACUGAAGCAGCAACGAUUGUAUCAGUGGGUGGUGAUAAACUCACAUUAUCAGUCAGUGGUACAUCAGCAAGUCAGUCGCCAUCCAUUGAAGAUUCAGUCACCGUCACACAUUUUUCACUCGACAGUUGGGGAAAGAUUCAACAAAAAACCACCCCAUUCUCGCCUAAAGUUGCUAAUCGUCCACAAAAUCCAUUUAAUCCAUUUACCAGCGAGGAACCAACAUCUGCAACCAUCUCUGCAACUUCAAAUAGUGGCAGUGUCAAUAAUAACAUUUCCCUAGACGAGAUUAUCUUUGCCGAAGAUACUACCAACGCAAUCACGCCAGUAAUUAGCGAAGAGAAAAAAGUUAACACGAAUCCGUUUAUUGAUUCAAAUCCAUUCUUAAGUUUGGGACUGAAUCCAUUCGCAACUGACAUGAGUCCGACGCCUCCCACGUCGAUAAGUCCCGUACCCAAGAUUGCGACACCUACGUCCGUCAGUCCGGAACCAAAAGUAUUAACAAAUGCGCUGGAAAAUCAUGUCCAAACGGAAAAGAAAAAUGAAGACGAAAAAGUUGAAGACGUAUUAGAUAAGAUUGAUGGUUCUGCACCACUUAACGCCACUAGAGUAGUCAAGACGGAAGAAAUUCAAACAACCACUACUACUCUCGUGCAUAAGGAUGAAGAGCCCACAGCGUCGGAUAUAAGCCCAUGGUUAGUGACAGAGCCAGCUCAAAUGUCAAGUAGCAGUCAACCUUCAACGAAGCACACUGUUAUAACUCGCAAGACUGUAAUUACGACUCAGUUAUAAAAACUGAAAACUGUUUAAAAACUACUUAUAACUAAUAUCUUGAAAAAGAAGACUCAAAUGCAUUUUAGAAAUGAAUUGAGAGCGAGAUUGAGAGAAAGAAAGUGAACGAGAAAGAGAGUUCCGAAAAAUGUUGUAAACAUGAA